AUGGAUAUCAAAACCUUGCUCCAUAAUCUCCGUGAAGAAGUUUCUUGUUCAAUUUGUUCCAACAUAUUCACCGAUCCAAAACAGCUACCAUGUUUGCACAGUUUCUGCCUAAAUUGCUUGAAACAGUGGCAAAGAACAAGCCAUGGCCAAGACACAAUCAGAUGCCCAAACUGUCAAGCUCUUAGCAGAGUCCCUGAAACUGAUGAUCUGAAAGAUCUUCCAACCAGUUUCUACCUCAACGGUAUGAUCGAUAUGUUGGCCAUCAAGGAAUGCAAAACCAACCAAGUUCGAUGCGGAAACUGCGACGAGAGAAGAUCCGAGACCUCUUAUUGUUUUCAAUGUUACGCGUUUUGGUGCAAUGAGUGCAUACUCGCGCACGACAUCAUCCGAGGAAAUAGAGAUCACCGUGUUCUGGCGCUGGAAGACUUUCAAGACGAGGACUAUCAAGAGGUAUUGCAACGACCUGAAUGGUGCCCUAAACAAGGACAUAAAGGAGAAGAACUAAAAUACUUUUGCAAAAACUGUGAAACAGCAGUUUGCCAAGCUUGUGUUAUAGUAGACCACGCAGGUCACUCCAUGACACUGAUUGAAGAAGAAGCAGAAAAACAGAGGACUCAGAUGAGAGCUUUGAUUGAAACUCAGACACAAAAGUUGCAAGCUAAAAUGAACGAGGUUCAAAUUCUUGAUGACGAAUUCGCCCAACUUAAACAACGAAGUGAAGAGGCUAAGAAAGAAGUUCAAGCAUUCGUGGAUAACUUGAUUGCUGUCAUCGAAGCCAAAAAACGUAACCUAUUUAAAGAGUUGGAAAUCCAAACAAACAGGUCAAAAGAAAACUUAACGAAGCGUAAGGCUUCCAUUGAAAAGCAAAUGACGAUCAUACGAUCAUCUCUUGUCAAAGCUGAUAAACUGUUAACACGAAGUUCAAACAGCGAAGUCGUUCAACUGAAGAGAUCAUUAGCAACGAUCUGUGAGAAUAUUGAUCGAGCCGAGCCAAUUGUCUGUGACCACGAAAAUACACCACUUCGUUUAGUAUUCGAGAACAACCAAAAGAUGUUGGACACAAUCAACAACGAAGAAAUUGGUUUUCUGGAAGAACCGAACCGAACAAAACCAAGUCGAUGUGUCGUUGAAGGAAGAGGACUUAAGUUAGGUAUAGCUGGACGCCAGGCUCACUUUCUACUGACCACAAACAACUCGAGAGGAGAGCGGUGCUAUAAUGCGCGUGACCAUGUAACUGUAGAGAUUAAGGAUAAACAAGGACGAGAAUGCGCGUCGGAAGUACACCUUGAUCCUGAUCAAGAUGGAACAUACAAGAUUGGUUAUUUUCCCCAAGUUCCGGGCAGAUAUGAAGUGACAAUAAUGGCAAACGGGGAACAUGUUCAUGGUAGCCCUUUUGCUGUACAGGUACAACCAUUUAAGGUUCAACCUGUUUUAUCUUUUGGAAAACACGGCUCGUCCGCUGGAAUGUUUGUACUUCCAUGGGGUGUGGCAGUGAAUACCAAGGACGAGAUAGCAGUCACAGAUUUUGAUUGCAACAGAGUCCAAAUAUUUAACAGUGAUGGAACUUAUUUGCGAUCCUUUGGCCGGUUUGGCACAAACAAGGGAGAAUUUCUUAGACCAACGGGUAUAGCUUUCAGCAAAAAUGGAUGCAUCUUCGUAGCAGACAACAACAACAAUAGAAUACAAACUUUUACUGAAAUGGGCGAGUUUGUGGGAAGCUUUGGUGGAAAAGGAAGCAUGGACAAUCAGCUCUCUGAUCCUUGCGGUUUGUCUGUAGACAGUGAUGGCAACAUCAUUGUUGCUGAUACGGGUAACAAAUUGAUUAAGAUCUUUGCUCCUGAUGGCACGUUCCUAAGGAAAUUUGGAGAACAAGGCUCUCUUUCCUAUCCUAUCCACUGCGUUGAGUGCGAUAACAAUUUCGUAGUUUCAGACAUGAAUGAUAAUUGCCUCAAAGUUUUCGACAGGAAAGGAAACUUUAAGUACAAGUUUGGACAGCUUUUCCAACCUAGAUGUUUGUCCUUGACAACGGCAGGCCACCUAGUAGUUUGCGACACAGGUAAUCAUAUGGUAAAAGUAUUUGAGCUAAAUGGAACAUUUGUCGGGGAUUUUGGCACAAAAGGCAACAAUUUAGGAGAAUUUGAUGUUCCAUGGUCCGCAGCAGUUUUAAACAAUGGCCGAAUUGUAGUGUUGGACCGAGGUAAUUCAAACAUUCAGAUAUUUAAGUGACAACAAAACUCCAAGAGUUAACUAAUGACAUUUCACUGAGAAACUACAUUUGGAACAAGAUUUCAUUAAAUAUAGAG